AUGAAGGUAUCCGAUUAUAGUCAGCAACAUGGCGAUCAGGCGGAUACAGAGUUUGUCUUUGUGUCGUAUACCCGCCUGCAGUUUCGGGUUGUCACGGAUGCUGAGAUUGACGAGUGGAAGAACUACCCCAAUGAGGAGACGAGAGAAGCAAACAGGGCGUUGGCUCACCGAGAUCGCGAAAGACUGAUUCAAUGGGGCAUCGACGCCGCCUUGGCUGCUGGCAAACGCGCCUUUUGGCUUGAUUUCGAGUGUGUGCGCGACUCGGAUGGCGUUGCAAAAGCCAGCAGUAAAAGCGAGGAUGUCUAUGGAAUCUGCGACAUUGUUCGGGCUGCGCACUCCAUGAUUAUUGCUAUCGGUCCCCCAGCAGACGAGAAAGUCUCCGGGAUUCUCAAUGGCGAUGAAAACGCUCCCUUGGGUAGCACAGAGCAUGCCACCACAUGGCUGCGUCAAUGGGGCUCACGCUUAUGGACAUUGCCUGAGCUCCUCCUCUGCCCGAGUGAAUACCGCAUCAAGCUUUAUGUGGCCGAUGAUAUGAGUGAGCCCAAAUCUCUAGCGAAGCGGAACUUUGCUGAGAGAGCUUGGGAUGAUGCCGAGUCUGUUAAAGAACUGGUGAAUCACUAUGAGGGCUCAGCUAUUCUCCCUCCGACGCAGCUGAUCAGUAUUGCUCUGGAGUGUUUCGCUCGGCGAAAGACAGAUCAGUUCAGCCAGGGAGACAUCGCGUAUGCUGUCAUGGGGCUCUUCCCAUACAGCCAGAGACCGGUGGUGAAUCAGACUGACUCUGGAUUUCGAGCCUUUGCCCGUCUCGCCCUGGCCGUGGAGGGUAGCAGUCUCCUGAGUCGUUUAUUUUGCGUCGCACCCGCACAACCAGAAGCUCAGUGGUCAGAUGCAACAGAUUACUGGGGUGUGAAACUAAAUAAUUUCCGUCCUGGCUGUGAUGCGGUCGACGUUGCUGGGUCGAACGCCAUCGAGGUUCAAAACAUCCAUGCUGCACCUAUUUGCUGGGACAGGAUCGAAAAGUCUAUCUUUCAGGAAAGACUACCGAUCUUUCCAGAGAUUAUAUUUGUCUUUUUCCUCUUUUUCCCGUUGUGCACAUGGUAUGGGAUUGUCUACUUGCUCGUAUCUACCGUUGAACGAAGCCAAGCACUUCAAAAUGAUAUUCCUCGAUUCCUUGUUCAGCUAUUUUUCGCCCAAGCGAUUUUCACGCCAGUAACCUUGCCUGCGUUCCUUCUUUACGAAUGGAAAAUUAGACGCAAGGGGCUGAGAAGUGCCCGGUUGGUCGGGGUGGAAGGUGUUUUAGAUUGCGCAACCGCUGAGCGACACAUCUACGGCUAUCAUUGUGGAAAACUCACACAGAUUCCAUCAACGACGACCUUCAACUCAGAGACUGCCAUUCAGUCCCCCCGAAAGUUCACCUUCACGUUAAUAGACACUUGUGCGCAGACUCUCAGGGUGAUAAACUGCGCCGCUCCUCCCGUUGCGAUGAUGCUCGCUGGAGAAGAUGCUGCCGGACACCGGGCGAUUCUCUGCUCCUACAACCACGAAACCGAUGUCUAUCAUCGCGAGGAGACGCUGCGGGUGGAGGAAUGUGUGCGUCAGCAAAUGAAAUCAGUCAGAUCGGUCAAGCUCUCACUUGAGCCAUUCCCCUUGAAACUCACCGAGGCCCCCCUUGAUGAGAAUGCAAUCAAGUCAAGCUUGGAUGGGCUGGCCUCGACAAAGAGCAGAGAGUGGAAGCCGGAGCUGGUAUUUUCUAUAAUGCAAUGUCUCUCCGGAGUUGCUGAGGGGACCCCUUAUGUUUUGUUCUUCUCCGGCUUCAUUCUCGCUCAGCCAAUUGUGCUUUUCCUCCUCCAUAAGCGCCUCUUGUCCAGGGCCGUUGCCCCCACGGUAUAUUUGCAAGGUAUAUCCAAGCCACACUUUACCAGCUACGAAUACUGUCCUUAUCGCGCAUUCUUCUAA